GAAGGCUGACAUCCAGCUGGGUUGUGAGUGAAAAGCUGACUUUACAAAUAUAUUUACCAACCACGGGACACGACAGUGUUCUGUGGAGAAGGGGCACUGGACCAAGUGCAUUGGGCGGACAAGUAUGCUGCUUGCGGCGGCCAAAAACAAUCUCCAAUUGACAUUCAGCGGAGGAACGUACAGUACAACCCAUGUCUGCUGCAACUGGAACUCGGUGGCUAUGAAGCGCUAAAAGGGACAUUUCUCAUGUCCAACAAUGGGAACUCAGUUCAAAUCAGCCUGCCUUCUAGUAUGGCGAUCACCAAGGGUCUUCCAGACCGCUACACAGCGGUCCAGAUGCACCUGCACUGGGGGGGCUGGGACAUGGAGGCCAGUGGUUCUGAACACACUGUGGACGGCAUUCGCUACAUGGCAGAGCUCCAUAUUGUCCAUUAUAAUUCAGAGAAGUAUAAGAACUUCAAUGAGGCCAAAGAUAAACCAGAUGGACUGGCAGUUCUUGCUUUUUACUAUGAGGAUGGACAUUUUGAGAACACGUAUUAUAGUGAAUUCAUCAACAAUCUGUCAAAGAUCAAGUAUGCAGGGCAGGCCAUGAAUAUAUAUUCCAUAAACGUUCGAUCCAUGUUGCCUCAGAACCUGAACCAUUACUUCAGGUACCAAGGCUCACUGACCACUCCCCCCUGUGAUGAAAGCAUUCUAUGGACUGUGUAUGACACACCCAUCCUCCUCUCUCAUAAUCAGAUCAGGAAGUUGGAGAGUACUCUGAUGGACCACCAGUCCAAGACUCCAUGGAAUGUCUACCGCAUGACUCAGCCCCUCAACGACCGUGUGGUGGAAUCCUCCUUCCUGCCUCACCUGGGCAGAGGCACCUUCUGUCGUCAAGAAGAAAUUGAGUCAAAGCUCCUAAAGAUUGAGGGUCUCAUCUCUUCACUAGGAAGGCAGAUUGAGUUAAUUGGGGAUUUACGCCCCACCAAAAAUGAGCACCAAGCUCUGUCUCCACCAGUGCUAUAUUUCCCAGAUAGGACUACUGGGAACUACGUCCUGGCCCACCUGGAGCAUCCCAUGAACCUGCAGUCCUUCACUGCCUGCAUGCGUGUCCGCACACUGCCUGGUGGCAAGCACACAGUUUUUUCCUACUCCAGCGUGGACAAUGAAAACGAGCUGAUGAUUACUAUGGGUUUUGAGGUGGGGUUGUGGAUUGGCAACGAGUUUGUCAACCUGCCACACAGCUUCCAUUCACAAGACUGGGCCAACUACUGCAUCACCUGGUCCUCCCACUCCGGAGGGGCAGAGCUCUGGAUUAAUGGACUGGAAGGGGAAGGGCAGUAUCUGAGGGGAGGGUACAUGAUAAGCCCCGGGGGGGUGUUCAUCCUGGGGAAGGACCAAGAUGGCUUCCUGGGCAUCACUUACUUUGCGGGCCAGAUGACGAACGUGAAUGUGUGGGACUACGUGCUCAGUCGGGCAGAGAUAAAGGAGCAGAUGUUGUGUGGGAAUUCCACAAUGAGGGGCAAUGCCUUCAGCUGGGGAGUGACCCAGCUCAGCUAUUAUGGAAAGGUGCAGCUGCAGAUGGACCAAAGGUGCCCUUAACUUCACACCACAAGAUCAUGGUGUUGAAUUACAUCACCAGAUCCACAAGCACUAUCAACACAAUACAGAGCUGUGAGAGUGUUGUGCUAAUGGGUGCAGGCAAUAUCAAAUUCACUCUUUGAUGAUCUGUAAAAACUCCCUCUGACAUUGUAAUAUGUUUAAUGAAUAGCAGAUUAUAUCCUAGACGUGGAACACAGGGAGAGAGCUUUCAAUAUAUCUUCCAAUUAUAAUUUAUA